UGACAGUUCCUCGAUCUCCAAAAGCACCAUACCACUCCAGGAUGUUGCAUGCAAUUAAUCACAGGUUUACUCACACAUUUAAGAUAACCACCUGUGAUUAUUGUCACAAACAGAUGUUCCUGGGUUUUAAAUGCAAGGAGUGCAAGUUUAAAUGUCACCGAGACUGCGCAAGUAAGGCUGCACCUUCUUGUAGUCUACCCAAUGAAUAUGUGCAAGUUUUUAUUAAUAGUUUAAAGGAAGGUUCACCAAAUGCUGGUCGAAGAGUGGACAACCCUAACCUGAUCUUCUCAGCCAGCACGCUGGACAGCUCAGGGCUGCGGCCAGUGUUCCAGAUACCGGACUCGAGCUCGAACACGUCAUCGUGUAACUCAUCAACCCCCUCCUCCCCUGCCCCGGGCCUCCCCGCCUCAGCCAGUAUCACCUCCCCGUCACCGGGCCCUUCCCCGCAGAUACAGUUUAAGUUCCCAGAGAUAGACUACGGUUCCCCAGCCGAGGCUGCCACGGAUGGGUUUGUGGAGUAUAGGUCCCCUACAGACGAUGAUAUUGUAAAUACAAAUACUUCAAACGACAGUGAUAAGACCCUUAUAGAUAGUAACACAUCGGAGAAAACUCUGCCGGACAGAGUGGACUCCCUUGAUAGCCAGGAUGACCCGUUUGGUCACAACUGGAACAGACAAAAUAGCUUGUCAGUUACAUUAAAAGAGUGGGAUAUUCCAUUUGGAGACCUGGUCCUGGGAGAUGACAUUGGAACUGGGCGUUUUGGUACUGUCUAUAGGGGUCAGUGGCACGGAGACGUGGCCAUCAAGAUGCUGAAGAUGGAUCCAGACAAAGAUAACCAGGCACAAAUGUCAGCCUUCAAGUUAGAGGUUGCCAUGUUGAGGAAGACCCGGCAUGACAAUUUAGUACUGUUUAUGGGAGCCUGUAUGAAGCCUCCACACUUAGCUAUUGUCACAAGUUUAUGCAAAGGGAAAACAUUAUACACUCACAUACACUCCUUGAAGGAGAAGUUCCCCAUGAACAAGACCGUUAUCAUCGCCUCACAGAUAGCACAGGGAAUGGGGUACCUCCAUGCUAGGGGCAUUGUCCACAAAGAUUUAAAAACAAAAAAUAUUUUUUUAGAGCGGGACCGAGUGAUUAUUACAGAUUUCGGCCUCUUUAACGUCACAAAACUUUGUGGGGCCAGCAGGAAGGGAAACUGGCUGAGCAUACCCCCGGGCUGGUUGUGUUACCUCUCACCAGAGAUCAUCUGCUCCCUUCAGGCUGGCAGCCACUUCCACUGUAACAGUGACCUGCCCUUCUCAGAACAGUCAGACGUAUAUGCAUUUGGCACGGUGUGGUAUGAGCUGCUGACAGGGGAGUGGCCUUUCAAAAAGAUGCCAGCAGAGACGAUUAUCUGGCAGGUGGGGCGCGGCCUCAAACAGUCACUGAGUAAUGUUCAAGCCUCCAGAGAUGUAAAGGAUGUGCUGAUGAUUUGCUGGACUUACAAACCUAGUGAUCGACCAGACUUUAGUCGUUUGUUAAAGGCCUUAGAAAGACUACCAAAGAAAAGGUUACUGCGUAGCCCAUCUCACCCGGUGCACUUGUCACGGAGCGCGGAGUCGGUCAUCUGACUACUGCUCACAUGCUGACAUCACGAGCAAAGGUCAUAGGUCAGUCGGGUUGUAGUGCACCAGUCACAGUGCCAAGCUCCCCAAGUAUCAUGCUUAUAAUAUGGCCCUCCAGCAUACUGAUAUGUGUAAGCAACCGGGGUGAUUUCAGCAGAAUUGACAUUUCUCCUGUAUACUGAUUGUCACAAAGAUGACACUGUGUGGAGAAGUACGGCCAUCCAGCACACUGAUAUGUGUAAGCAACUGUGGUAAUUUCAGCAGAAUGGACAGUUCUCCUGUAUACUGAUUGUCAGAAAGAUGACAUUGUGUGGAGAAGUACAGCCAUCCAGCACACUGAUAUGUGUAAGCAACUGUGGUAAUUUCAGCAGAAUUGACAGUACUUCAAUACACUGAGUGUCACUAGGAUGAUGCUGUGUGGAGAGGUACAGCCUUCCAGCAUACUGAUUGGUAUAAGCAACUGGUAAUUCCAGCAGAAUGGACAGUUCCUCUGUAUACUGAUUGUCACAAAGAUGACACUGUGUGGAGAAGUACAGCCAUCCAGCACACUGAUAUGUGUAAGCAACUGUGGUAAUUUCAGCAGAAUUGACAGUACUUCAGUACACUGAGUGUCACUAGGAUGAUGCUGUGUGGAGAGGUACAGCCUUCCAGCAUACUGAUUGGUAUAAGCAACUGGUAAUUCCAGCAGAAUGGACAGUUCCUCUGUAUACUGAUUGUCACAAAGAUGACACUGUGUGGAGAGGUACAGCCAUCCAGCACACUGAUAUGUGUAAGCAACUGUGGUAAUUUCAGCAGAAUGGACAGUUCUUCUGUAUACUGAUUGUCACAAAGAUGACACUGUGUGGAGAAGUACAGCCCUCCAGCAUACUGAUAUGUGUAAUCAACUGUGGUAAUUUCAGCAGAAUGGACAGUUCUCCUGUAUACUGAUUGUCACAAAGAUGACACUGUGUGGAGAAGUACAGCCCUCCAGCACACUGAUAUGUGUAAGCAACUGUGGUGAUUUCAGCAGAAUUGACAGUUCUCCUGUAUACUGAUUGUCACAAAGAUGGCACUGUGUGUGAAGUACAGCCCUCCAGCAUACUGAUAUGUGUAAGCAACUGUGGUGAUUUCAGCAGAAUUGACAGCUCUUCUGUAUACUGAUUGUCACAAAGAUGACACUGUGUGGAGAAGUACAGCCAUCCAGCACACUGAUAUGUGUAAGCAACUGUGGUGAUUUCAGCAGAAUUGACAGUACUUCAGUACACUGAGUGUCACAAGGAUGACAGUUCUCCAAACCAGUGAUAUGAAUGGUGACAGAAAGGUUAAAACAUCAGUCAAAUCCAGUGGAUGUAUGUCAGCACUGGAGAUAUGUGUGUAUUUUGAGUUGCAGCUUUCAUAUGAAGUAACACUGAUGUUGAUAUGCGGUUCCUGUAUCAUGUUCUGUACCUUAUUGUAUAUCAUGUCACAACUAAGAGACAAAGGCAACUUUUGAUAUCAAGCAGUAUAUUUGUAAAAGUUGACCUAACAGGAACGCAUGAAGAUUUGCAAUUUGCCAUCUGAUGAGGACAUAUAUAUCAGCCGUUCAAGAAGAGAUGAAUUUUAGAGUUUAUGAUUCUGUCACCAGACGUAAGGUGUGACAAUAGGUAGUUCUGCCUAAAAGGUGAUACAAAGCUUUCCUGGUGGCAGGCUAAAUACAAGUGUAUAUACGUUUGCUGACUCAGAAGGUGGCUAAAUCUGCCUUCAAAUAACUAUGGGGAUUCACUCUUAAAACUAAUCUAGCUGUUGAGAAUAAAUGCAGAGGUUGACUGUACAUCAUGUGUGUGGAGGGAGCUGAUGCAGUUUUCCGCUUAAUACAAUGUCACUUCUGAUUUAUUAUAUGUCAGGCAAGGGGCCUGCCUGGCUCUGAAGACUCAGGCUUUCUCUACAUAUUAAC